UUUUGGAGGAAGUUACUGGCUUGUUUGGGAGUCGCGCGGACCACGUGGCGACACUGGGCGACUCUUCUGCGGUUUUGGCUGCGGCAUUGUUUUCACUGGGCGCCACACAACAACCUGCCUUUUGCUUUUUGUUUUGUUUUGCUUUGACGUUUCCAGUGAGCGAGAUGUCAGCGGGAAGUCAGAGCAGCCGUAGCCGGGAAAUCCCUGCUAUUAGACGGGUCGCCAUCCACGAUGCUGCUCACAUGCCCCAGGACUACUCCACGACCCCCGGGGGGACCCUGUUCAGCACCACGCCGGGAGGCACCAGAAUCAUCUACGACAGGAAGUUCCUGAUGCAGUGCCGGACGUCCCCUCUCACCCGGACGCCCCCCAAGCUGCCCGACAUCCCGGGGGUCACGAGGCCGCUGGAGCCCGGCAACGGCGCUGAGGCCAAGGGUUCUGAGCAGACGCCCAGCGAGGACGGCGAGCGGGUCCCACAGAGGGAGCAGAACACAGGAGAAGAUGCCCAGUUCGAAAUGGACAUCUGAGGAGAGUCGGCUCCACGGACGACCAUGAUUCCUGUAAUGACUGUUUUACUCUACUCAGAUGAAACGUGUGAGCGUGUUGUUGUUUUCUUAAAGACAACAGUAACUCAUGCUUAAACUAUUUUAACGCUUCGCUGUUACUUGACUUUUUAUCACCUGCGACGCAUUUGACGACUAAGUCGAAGUUUUGGUAAAGCAUUAAUAUUUUACUCUUGUUGGUUUUUAAAUAAUUUAACAUUUUUAGGGUAUAGAAAAUUGAAUUAAGCUUAUUUGCAUAUUAAUAGCAAAUUUUAAAUGCAUAUACUUUUGUCAGUGAAUAAGAACAUAUUGAUACGUAUUGUAAGUAUUGCAAUAUUAAUGAUUCUUGAUACUGUGUCGCUCAGACAUAAUUGAUGAACCUAAAUCUGUUGUUUUUCUUCAACUUGUAUUUUUGCAUUACACCAAAAUGUUGGUUAAAAACACUUGUCUGUUCCCACUGUUUUGCUGUAUUUUUGCCCAGAUGUCCAAGUUCAUUUAUUACAGUUGUUACUGCCUGAAUAAGUGCUAACUCUACUAUUGUUUGAACACUGUAAUAAAAAGCAUGACACACUU